AUGCAGCAGCUCAGGAUCAAGCCCCACGAAAACGAGCUCCGGUUCGUGAGGCAGCUGGUCGACAGGGGAAAGUUCGAGCAUUCCUGGCUGCCGGUCGACCCCAACGCCAACCUCAAGAGGAUGAAAGUCGAGAUGAAGAAGUCGAGGGCCGUCAGGAAAUCGUACUACAAGGUAGUCAGCAAGAUCACGAACGCGAAGUUCAUGCAAGGAACCGGUCGCGGCAAGAGCAGGAUAGAGUAA